AUGCAAUUCCUAGUUGACCUGUUUUUAUUAAACAGACCUAAACGACGACGUCUACUUCCCAGUUCGAAGCAAGGGUUAGAAGUCCUGCACCGCUCGGAUUACACCGCCACAGUCGUCGGCGAACAAUUCCUGAGUUUGUUAUCUACAAAGUUCCAAUUUUUACUUUCAACCAUGGCAAAGGGAGCAAGCACAAAACUGAGUAUCGCAAUAAUUCACCCGGAUCUUGGCAUAGGUGAAUAUUCACUGUUCCCCAUUGCUUUCCAGUCCAGUGGAGCUGAGAGAUUGAUUGUGGAUGCCGCUGUUGAACUUGCAUCCCAGGGCCAUGAAGUUCAUGUUUUUACUGCACAUCAUGACAGAAAUAGAUGCUUUGAAGAAACUGUUACUGGGACCUUUCCAGUUACUGUGUAUGGUUCCUUUCUUCCUCGUCAUGUGUUCUACCGUCUUCAUGCAUUGUGUGCAUACCUUCGGUGCCUAUUUGUCGCUUUCUGUGUACUUUUCAUGUGGCAUUCAUUUGAUGUUAUACUGGCAGAUCAAGUCUCUGUAGUUAUUCCUAUCUUGAAACUUAAAAGGUCAAUAAAGGUUGUAUUCUACUGUCAUUUUCCGGACUUGUUACUGGCUCAACGUUCAACUUUCAUUAGGAGGAUGUAUAGAAAACCAAUAGACUAUGUAGAAGAAAUAACAACUGGAAUGGCUGAUUUGAUACUUGUUAACAGCAACUUCACGGCCUCUACUUUUGCAAAUACUUUUAAGUCUCUACAUGCUAACGGAAUUCGACCAGCUGUUCUAUAUCCAGCUGUCAAUGUAGCUCAGUUCAAUGAACCCAGUACCUUUAAGCUGAAUUUCCUUUCCAUCAAUCGCUUUGAAAGGAAGAAGAACAUACAAUUAGCUAUUUCAGCUUUUGCUAUGCUUCACUCGCUGGAAGGAAUAUCUAAGCAUAAAGAUAUUACUAAUGCUUCUUUGACUAUUGCAGGUGGCUUUGACAAACGGUUGAAGGAGAAUGUGGAGUACUUAGAAGAGCUUAAAGAUUUAGCAGAAAAGGAAGGAGUCUCUAGUAAAAUAAGAUUCAUCACCUCUUGCCCUACAGAUGAAAGAAAUGCACUUCUUUCAGAAUGCUUGUGUGUUCUUUACACACCAAAGGAUGAGCACUUUGGCAUAGUUCCUCUGGAGGCAAUGGCAGCAUAUAAACCUGUUAUCGCUUGCAAUAGUGGUGGCCCUGUGGAGUCAAUUAAGAAUGGUGUAACAGGAUUCCUUUGUGAUCCUACACCACAAGAUUUUUCUUCAGCAAUGGCUAAGAUUAUAAGUUAUCCUCAGGUGGCAGAGAAAAUGGGCAGAGAAGCUAGGAAGCAUGUUGUUGAGUCAUUCUCUACGAAGUCAUUUGGCCAGCAUCUAAAUAGAUACCUAGUUGACAUUCACCGGGGAAAGGAGGACUGA